CAGAGACUUGUGUUUGUCCCUGAAAUCCAGGCACCGUGUAGCAGACAAUGUUAUUUUGAGUCUGCAAAACGCUGGUAGAUGAUUGCAUAUUUACAAAUUUAUUGUGCAACGUCUAGAAGUCAUUAAGUGUCUUUCAGAUAACUAAAUGGAUCCAAUAGAACCAGACUGGGGUGGAUGGAGUUCCAUUACAGAAGCAGGAGAGUCAAAUAUGUCUGUAGACUCAUUCCAGAAACAGGAAGAUUCCAACAUGAGUAUUGGUGAUUCCAGAUCUGAUUCUGUAUAUGGAGGAAGCAAUGUAGGAGGUGAAGAAGAAUAUUUUUCUGGACUAGGUGUGUAUGACGGAUAUGACAGUUACCAAGAUGGCAGUGGAAGUUCUUCAGAUGAAGGUGAUGAUGAGGAUGAUGAAACAUAUUUCCCAGCAUCAACAAAACAGAAAACUCAGUAUCGUUUCAUGAAUGGCAAAGAUGGAAUGGCUACAUGUGAGAGAUGUGGAUCAGUUGGCAUAAAACAUGCAUUUUAUUCUAAGUCCAAGAGGUUUUGUAGUUUAUCGUGUUCCAGGAGCUUUGCUACAGCAAAACGGGAAGGGAAACCUUUGACAACAUUCGACAAGACCCCACAGAAAAAGAUUCCAGGAAAAAAGAUGAAUAUUCCUAGCAAACUGCCACAACCAGUUCAGAGUCUUUAUCCAAAAACAGUAACAAAAAGACCAGGAGGAAUGAAAGGCUUUGACUGGGGCCCUUACUUAGCACAAACAGGCAGUGAUGCAGCACCAAUCACAUGUUUUAAACAUUGUCCAAUGUCUGACCACUGGCAGAAUAUCAACACUGGUAUGAAAGUUGAAUUAGAGAACCAUCUGUGUGACAUACAUGCAUUCUGGAUAGCUACAGUUGUUAAAGUAGCAGGAUACAAAGCUCUGAUGAGGUUUGAAGGAUUUGGAAAUGAGUCAACAUAUGAUUUCUGGAUUAAUCUUUGUACACAAGAUGUUCACCCUGUAGGAUGGUGUGCAACUGUGGGCAAACCAUUAGUCCCACCAAAAUGUAUCCAGGACAAAUAUAUUGACUGGAAGGAGUAUUUAAUCAAAAGAUUGACUGGAGCUAGAACUCUUCCCAGUAACUUUUAUAACAAGGUUGUAGAAUGUAUCAAUGACAUUCCAAUCAAGAAAGGUAUGCAGUUAGAAGUAGUUGAUAAAAUGUGUGUCUCUGCCAUGAAAGUAGCUAAAGUUCAAGAAGUUGUAGGAGGAAGACUAAGGUUACAUUACACUGAUUCUAAGGAAGAGAUCGAUGAGUUCUGGUGCCAUAUGAGAUCUCCAUUAGUUCACCCUAUAGGCUGGUCACAGACAUCAGGACAUAAACUGCAUGCUACACAAGAAUACAGAUCAAAAUGUUUAAACAAAAUAACCAUGGACAAGUAUGAUCCUGAUGAUGUCACACCUGAUAUGUUCGAAAAGAAGAAGGAACCUCCUCAUGGAGCCAAAUUCCAAGAAGGGAUGAAGUUGGAAGCCAUAGAUCCACUCAAUCUUUCUGCAAUAUGUGUUGCCACUGUUAUGAAGGUUCUGAAGAAUAACUAUUUAAUGAUAGGAAUAGACGGUUCUAUAGCUCAGAAUGGAACAGAUUGGUUCAAUUAUCAUUCUACAUCACCAUGUAUCUUCCCUGUAGGAUUUUGUGAAGUUAAUGGAAUAGAAUUAACACCACCUAGAGGAUAUAAAGGGCAGUUCAAAUGGUUUGAAUAUUUACGACAGACAAAAUCAUCAGCAGCUCCCGUUAAACUAUUUGAUAAGGAAAUACCAAAGCAUGGUUUCAAACCUGCUAAUAAAGUUGAAGCUGUUGAUCUGAUGGAACCAAGAUUGAUAUGUGUAGCCACUGUGAGCCGAGUUGUAGGACGUUUAUUGAGAAUUCAUUUUGAUGGUUGGGAGGUUACAUAUGACCAGUGGGUCGACUGUGAAACAGCUGAUUUAUAUCCUGUGGGUUGGUGUGAGGUCAUGAACUAUGGAUUAGAAGGGCCAAGGGUCAAACUUGAACCAAUAUCACCUGUACCUGUUGUACCAAAACUGGUAAAAGAAUCCCCAUUUAGUAAGAAAAGAAAAGGAAAGACACAGAUUUAUAAAGGUCCCAGAAAGAAGAGAAAGCCUAAAUUUUCACCAACAGGUUUACCAUUAGGAGAGUUAGGUAACAUCAAAACAGAAAGUAAUAGCUCAUUUUCAUCACAGUUUGAAUCAACCAUUAAAGUGAAAACAGAAGUAGAAGAUGUAGAUUUUCCACCAUCAUUAAGUCCUCAUCAAUCUUUUUCUGAAGAAAAAUCCAGUAGAUUAGGCAGCAAUGAAUCACCAUCAUCAAAACCUAGUGUCACAAAAACAGCAUUAUCAAAUCUGUUAAUGUCAAAAUCAGGGGGCAUAACUUCACAACAGUCUAACCCUGUAGACAGUACUAAAUCGAGCCAGUUAGCUCAGAGACAUUUAACCAUUCCUCCAGAUCAGUGGACUGUUUCUGAUGUGUGCUAUUUCCUGAAAGUCAAUGAUUGUGCUACUUUUUGGGAAAGUUUUGUAAGAAGCAAAGUUGAUGGUAAAAAGUUGUUAGAAUUAACGAAGGACCAGAUCAGUAGUUUGACUGGUAUGAAAAUUGGUGCUUCCAUUAAGAUGACAGAGAUGAUCAAACAAUUAAAAACCAGGAUUGGGAAAUCAUAGCAAUACUUUUUGUAGAUAAUGUUUAAAAAUCACAUUGGUGCCAUUAAAAUAGUCAAUUUUAUCAAAAAUGAAAACAGAGACAUUCAAGAUCUGUUCUAUAUCUAUUUUAUGUAUUUUACUCAGAUGUUAUGUUGGAUAAACUGCUUGUAACAAGUUUUCUAUGUAUUGUAGGCUUUACAAUGUAUACUGAAGGUCACCUUUUUUACUUGUACUGUUUUGUAAAAUGCUUUGCAAGGAACAAACCUUAAAAUCUUGCAGAUUUGAAACUUAUAUGUAACUUGUAUCUGUCAUAAGAAAUGAUAUUUCUUAGCCAGUCUGUAGCCAGAGAUAGAUAGUUUUAUGAAAUCAAUAGAUUUAGGAUACCUGUACUUACUAAGCAGUUACAAUUUAUAAUGUACCUGUAUGAUAACAGCAGCACCUGUCUCAUCAUCAAUAGAUAACUUAUUUUCUGCAAGGGAUGCAAGAUUUAAGAAUUAUACCCCCAAAAAAAUGUCUUAAUGGUGCACAGUAAGAGUGAUUUUCUUUUAAAUAUUACAUUGCAUAUACAAUGGACUGAGAAGACAUGCAUUUAACUAUCUUUAAAUGUACCAAAUAUUUUGAGAACAAAGCUGCUUUAGUUAUGUUUACUAAAUAGUCCACCCUAUGGAAGUUUAAAUUAUAGAUUGUCAUAAAUAAAACUGUUUCAAUAGGCUUGUGCAUUUAACAAAUGUCCUGUUUAUAUUGCUUUAAGAGAGUUGAAUGAAUAUAUAUAAAGUAUAGUUUUAACAAUGUAAUUAAACUUACAGCCUGAUUUCAGUUGAUAUGUUCAGUUGUUGAAUGUGAUUGCAGAUUUUUGUUCUAUUUUGUAGCCCAUGUAAACCAGGUAUUUUGAUCUUUGAACUUUAAUAUGAAUUAAAUAAAUGUGAUCUGAAGAUUUGCUGCACAAUUCAAUUCCGUAUUUGCAUUUUUAUUUUGAAAGAAAAAAUAGUAGGGAGGUUCAAUGUUAAAAAUAAAAAGGUGUUGUAUGAUUGCCAAUGCUAACUUAAAGUUGAUACUGUGAAAAAUUCUGUUUGUUUCAUCAGAAUUAUGAAUUUCGUCAUCAGAUGCAGAGAAAUAUAAUAGUUUUACAAGUGAAUGAAAUCUGUUUAAUUGAAAUAAGAAGAUGUGUUCACUUUUGGCUUAUAAAGAUCUGACCAUCUUUCUAUUUUCUAUUCUGAUUAUUGUAAUUAUGUCAACCAAUGAAAUUUCUUCUUCUUUCUAAUAUUUUUUGAAGGGGUGUGUGAUAACUACAAAACCCAAUGAUCCCAUCCUGGUUUCCACAAUAGAUAUCAAUACAGCAUUGUCAGAUCCUUGUAAGCAAAGCCUGAACACAUGAUCUGUAAUUCCAUCACACUGUGAUACAGUCAAUAGACUUGUUUACACUUUUGGGUAUUUAGCUGAAUUGUCUCUGAAUGACCUUAGAUCUUGUUCAGAAUAACAUUCUAAGGUCAUGCAACAGUAACUUUUUAAUUAUGACCUCAAAUUUUUAAAUUGUGAUGCAAAAUUUUAUUGGAACUUUUGUGAUUUUUAGUAAUGGCAGACAAAUUUGCAUACAAGUGUUACUAAGUCUAUGAAAAAUUGUUUUCCUUUCUUUAGUAGAACUUAGGUUUGAAAUAUAUUCUUUCAAUGCUCAGGUUUUUUUAAACAAAUUUAAAAACUGAGAUUUACUACUUUACAGAACUCUUUACUGGAUAUAAAACUUGUUUGGUUUUGUUUUCAUAGGUUAUUACAAUUGAGAAAUAUGAUUAUCUAUACUAUUUUGUUCUUUCAUAAUGUUAAUGUUAUAAGUAUAUAAAAUUAUACUCUUACGUAUUGAAAUGUUGAUUAAUAGUUCUUACAUACAUGGUUGGUUUCCGGGUGCUGUAUUUCUGGGAUGUCGCCAUGAAUAUUCAGAAAUUAAAAAGAUCUUUCAGUACCUGUCAUUUAUGUUUUUUUUUGUUUUUUAUACGCCCGUUUACGGGACGUAUUAUGGUAUACCGUUGUCCGUCUGUCCGUCCGUCCGUCUGUCCGUCCGUCUGUCCGUCGUCAACAUGUCGGACAUUAACUCAAAAUUGCUUAAACCAAUUUGCAUAAAACUUUGGUGAAUUGUUUAUAUCUAUUGACGUGAGCUCCCUUUCGUUUUUUAUAAAAUUUAGAUUUUACGUUUCCGAGUUAUGGGGUUUUAUUCAUUAAAAAAAGGGGGAUUUUCCAGUUUUCGGACAAUAAGUCAAGAAUGCUUUCACCAACUUGCAAGAAAUUGUGGUGAAUUGUUUAUAUCUAUUGACAUGAGCUCCCUUUUGAUUUUUAUAAAUUUUAGAUUUUACGUUUCCGAGUUACGGGGUUUUAUUCAUAAAAAAAGGGGGGACUUUCCAGUUAUCAGACAAAAACUCACAAAUGCUUUCAGCAAUUCUUAUGAAACUUUGGUGAAUUGUUUGUAUGUAUUGAUGUAAGCUCCCUUUAGAAUUUUAUAAAUUUUACAUUUUACAUUUCUGAGUUAUGGGGUUUUAUUCAUUAAAAAGGGGUGAUUUUCCAGUUUUCUGACAAUAACUCAAAAAUGCUGUCACCAAUUCUCAUGAAACUUUGGUGAAUUGUUUAUAUCUAUUGAUGUAAGCUCCCUUUUUAUUUUCAUAAAUUUCUAAUAUGACAUUGAGAAUUAAUUAUACUUUAUUUGUUUAUAGUCUGACAACAGAUUUACUAAGUAUUGCACAACAGCAAGAAAUCUUUAAUUGAACAUAAAUUCAAUUCAUAUAACCAAUUUCAAGUUCUUUGAAUACAUUUAUUCAGACACCUAUAAUAUGUCAAAUAUUUGAUUACAAUCCAAAUUCAGACCUGAAUCAAGCUUGAAUAUUGUGUCCAUUUUUGCCCCAACUGUUCAGGGUUGGACCUCUGCGGGCGUAUCUAGCUGCGCUCAGCGAAGCAGUUUAUUUUUUUAAGACUUGCCAUCUAUAUUACAUUGGUAUCUUUUGCAAUGUUUAGAUAUAAGAUUACCACAUUGUUGUUUUUUUUUAUAAUUUUAUUGUCACAUGUUAUCAAGUUGUCAGGUUGUAUAUUUUAUACUUUUGCUGCUUAUCUUGUAAGUAUGAUGUACAAUUUAGUUAUGAUGUAAAAUAUUGCAAUAAUGGAUGCUCGACAUUUCCCAGAGUUAUUACUAAAUAAUACAUAAGGUUAUAUAUACUAUUUUAUUGUACUUAAAGGUUAUAUGAAAUGUUUUUUUAAUUUAAAGGUUAUAUGACAUUUUGUUUAACCUACAAAAUUGAUACUUUCCAGAUAACAUUUUGUUCAGUGAAUAGAAAUUGUGCAACUUAAAAUAUAGCAUUGGUUACAUCAACUCCUGGAAAUGAUUAGACUUUUAAUACUGUAAACAUGAGAAUUUUUGUGCAAGGGUUAUUUUUGCUUCGGGCUAUUCCAAAAUUUAUCACGCGGGGGAUGGGAGGCACUCAAAUUAAUCAAAUGUGAGUGGUUGCAUUUUCCUUAAAAUUUUGUAAGAAUUGUAAGUAAAUUGAAAAUUUUUAUUCUAUGGGUGGUCAAGGUUUUUGAAAAGUACUCCCCACUCCCCCUAUGUGUUUAAUUCUGGAACAGCUCUUAUUCCAUAUCAAUAAUUUGAUGUGCAAAUUUUGACACUUGCAAAACAAGCUUUUCCAUUGAUAUCAGUGAAAUAUCCAUAUUUUUACAGUAUUCUACUACAUGACAUAUUUUGUAUAAGGGUAUUAUUGUUUCUGUUACUGUGAUAAAUAUAGAUGGUGUAAGAUAGUUUUAAUUUUAUUAUGUUAAUUGAGAAUGGUUAUUGUAAUGACCUAAAGCAAUGAAAUUCUUGGAUGUAAUUGAAUUUGAUAUAUACUAUGCACAUUUUAUGUGGAAAUAUGAUGGUAUGGGUUUGCUGUCCGUCUCCUUGUCAAGAGUCUGUUAUGUUCUACUGGACCCUGAUCGUAUUAUAUGUUGACCCGAUAACAGUUGUAAUGAGAAGGAAUUUCAGUGUUGUGACCUGUAGAUUUUUCAAGUAGGGCACAGAGUUGAAUAAUUAAGAAUGGUUUGAAAGUGGGGUGUAAUAUAAAUGUACGAUAUCUAUUCAGUAUUCACAACACAUUUUAAGAUGAACAAUUCUAUGGUUAUGACAUAUAUGAGGGUGGUAACACGGAGGUGCUCAUUUCUCAGAUCGCACUUUUUUUAUUCUUCCCACUUCCGACUUUUUUUCCUUUCCUUUUCCCUGAUCCCACUUUUUUUACCCCCUAUAUCCCUCAUCCCAGAAGCGUGUCAGCCCCCUCAUAUGUAAAUAAAUUAUGAUCAAUGUCAUAUUAAAGCUUAAUUAUGGCCCAAAGUUGGGAUGGACUAAUAAUCAUGUAACCAUGCAUGUAUGUGCAAUAAAGGAAUUUGUGAAAAUAAAAAAAUAAAAAAGGCAUUUAUCUAAAUCAAAUGCUAUUUUAGGCAGCAUCAAUUUUUGGUUGUUUGUAACUUUUAUUAUGAAAGGGAGACAAUCAAGUUGUCAAAGACAAUGAUUUGAUUUGUUACAACUGACAUUUAUUUUAAACAUGAUUUCAAUUUUGCAUAUAAUGCCUCUUUAGCUGUUUCAUUAGUUUUGGUAACACCCUCAUGGGUCACAUGGUAGCAUUCUUGCCUCUAGUGUGGGAGGUUGUUGAUUCUAUCCCUGGCCUGAUCAAACAAAGACUUUUAUAUUGGUAUUUGCUGGAGUCAGAAUAAUGUGUCCAGAUAGGGUGACAUGUCAUCUUCUGGACUGUUACCUGGUGAAUUAGUACAUAAAUUGGACUCAGUAUGUCAGAGCAGGCUUCAAUUCAUAUGUCUUUAACACAUUCUCAUCCUGAUAUGCAUGUAAUAUUUGCCACUGUAUGUACAACACAAAGUCAUCAUCAUCGUCAACAUUUUUGUUAGAAAGGAUUAUUCAUGUCUGUUUUAAAAGUAAAAGAUGUCAUCUGCAGAGGUUUAUUUUAGGUGAAUGAAUAUUUGUUCCUAUUCAAUGACAUAUUUCUGAAUCUAAUUAGGUAAUAAAAAAGUGUUAAUUUUUUUCUUUCGUUAUUUUGUGAGUAUAUGAACAUACUAAUUUUAAAACCAGACUGUAUAGUCUUUUCCAUGUGUUCCGUUUAACAUGCAAACUGAUGUAUGUAUAUGCAUUGUAGUAUAUAUUUUAAGCAAUUAUGGGCAGUGCUAUUAUUGUGUUAAGAAUAAAUUUAUAUUUUCAUGUUCAUACAAUAUUAAAUUGUACAAAUAUA